AAUUCAGUUGAAUUGGAUUUUGAGGGCAAUAUGGCACAAGCAAUGGCGUCCAUGGCGGGCUUACGUGGCAACUCUCAGGCUGUCUUGGACUGCAGCCGCUUGAACAUGGCUCCUGCCACCAACACCAGAGUGGCUGCAUCCAGGUCUGGCUUCAUUGUUAGAGCCCAACAGACGCCAGCAGAGUCAGAGACUAGCCGUAGAGCAGUGUUGGGACUGGUCGCCGCAGGCUUCGCUUGUGGAUCAUUUGUUCAGGCUGUGCUUGCUGAUGCGAAAUCCAUCAAGGUCGGGCCGCCUCCUCCGCCCUCCGGUGGAUUACCCGGAACUCUGAACUCCGAUGAGCCAAGAGACCUGGACCUGCCAUUGAAGAAUAGGUUCUUCAUCCAGCCGCUUCCUCCAGUUCAGGCUGCAGCGAGGGCAAAGGAGUCAGCCAAGGAAAUUGUUGGUGUCAAGAGUUUGAUAGACAAAAAGGCAUGGCCGUUCGUCCAGAAUGACCUCCGUCUCAGGGCAGAGUAUCUCCGUUUUGACCUCAACACUGUCAUUUCUGCUAAGCCAAAAGAGGAGAAGAAGAACCUAAAGGAACUCAUUGGAAAACUCUUCCAAACCAUAAGCAAUCUGGAUCACGCAGCAAAGAUCAAGAGCACCCCUGAAGCAGAGAAAUACUAUGCUGAGACUGUAUCUGCUCUGAAUGAUGUUCUUGCUAAGCUUGGCUAAGAGAGAAAUUCAUGUAUUUAUGUUGCGAUUUGUUGAGAAACUUGGUUUGGGUUUUUAAUCUUAAGGGAAAAUCAAUAACAUGUUAUGUAAUUU